AUGCCGAAACUCGCGCCAUCCGAUCCGGAGAAUGUGGUGGUUAUUCGGAAGGUAUGCGACGAUAUUAUUACAUGCAGUCUACCCUUUUCUCGUUUUGGGGUUCUCAAGUUUGGAGGACGCGCAACUAUAGCCCGUCUACGAUCGGGCGCUAUAGCAGUCUUCUCCCCCGUUGCACUUACGCAGUCUGUUAUCGAAGCCGUCGACAGCCUUAAUGGAAUGGUCAAGUAUCUCAUCGCACCAGACAUGGAGCACCAUCUGUUCCUAAAGGACUGGAGAAAUGCAUACCCUGACGCCGCCAUCAUCGCACCCGAAGGACUAUGGGAGAAACGACAGAAGAAGCCAGAAACCGCCGGUCCAAAAUUCGAGCAUAUCUUUACCGCCGAGAAUAAAGAGACACUUCACAUCUCGGACGAGUUUGCUGCUGAUUUCAACGUCGAGUAUGUCAACGGGCACGCCAAUCGGGAGAUUGUGUUGCUUCACAAGCCCACGGCGACCCUGAUACAGGCCGACCUCUUCUUUAACCCGCCCGGAUACGAACAGUACCGCAAGGACAAGGAGGGACCUCUGAGCGGGCUCGCAAACAAGCUGUAUCUCUCAAUCAUGUCGGCGAAGGGCAGCGCUACGGGACAGCAGAGAGUGCUAUGGUAUCUGAUGUCAACCGGUGAUCGUGAGGCAUUCAAACGGUCUGUUCAGAAGAUCGAUGGAUGGGAGUUUGAUCGUGCGAUCCCCUGUCAUGGGGAUACCGUCGACCAGGGCGCAAAGGACAUGUUCAGGAAGCUGUUUCAGUGGUUCCUGGCAUAA